GGCUAUCGCCCGGGGCAAGGAGCUGCGGCUGACGCUGAGCGCGCUGGAGCCCGCCGCCGGGCCCCCAGCGCAGGACCUGGUGUUCCGCUUCGGCAUGUCGGGGUCGUUCCGGCUGUGCCCCGCCGCCGAGCUGCCGCGCCAUGCCCACCUGCGCUUCCUCACCCGGGAGAGCCCCCCCCGCGCCCUCUGCUUCGUCGACCCCCGGCGCUUCGGGUCGUGGCGCCUGGGGGACGCCUGGCAGCCGGAACGCGGGCCCUGCGUGGUCUCCGAGUACCAGGCUUUCAGGGAGAACGUGCUGAAGAACCUGGAUGAUAGGGCUUUUGACAAGCCCAUCUGUGAGGUCCUCUUGAAUCAGAAGUAUUUCAAUGGAAUUGGGAAUUACCUUCGAGCCGAGAUCCUGUACAGGUUGAAGAUCCCUCCCUUUGAAAAAGCUCGGACUGUGCUGGAGGCCUUGAAGGAGCAGAAGCAGGAGAGGAGGAAGAAGGAUCCUUCCCUGACACUGAGCAAGAAGGUGAAGCUGAGGCAAGAGAACCCAGAUCUCCUGGAGCUGUGCCACACCGUGCCCCUGGAGGUGAUCAUGGCAGAGAAGCAGCUCCUUGACCCCGAGCACUCAGAUAAUUAUGCUGCCUUCAAGAACUGGCUGCAGUGUUACUUGGUGCCUGGCAUGAGCUCCCUGCGUGACCACAAUGGCAGGACCAUAUGGUUCCAGGGAGAGCCUGGCCCCAUGGCUCCCAAAGGGCAGAGACCCCGCAAGACGCCCGGUGAGAAGAGCCUUCAGCUGAAGGCAGACCCCGAGGCACCAAGCCCCAAGGUCACCCCACGUGCCUCGAAACAGCGCCGCAGGGCCGCAGUGAACCCCCCAAAGUCGGAGGAGAAGGAAGAGAAGGCUGAUGGGCCAAGGAAGGGAUGUGCUCGCAGGAGGAGGAAAACGACUGCUGCUCCAGCCUUGCCUGAGGUGCCUGUGUGUGUCAGAAGAAGCUGCAGGAUAUCUGCUCGCAGGGGCAAAGGUACAGCCCCUGCUGUGUGAGUGUCACCUGCUGCCACCUCCUGAGGGGCAUUUAAGGGGCCAAGUGGAGCUCAGGCAGGGCCUGGCCACAGAGCAGGGUUAGUGCUAGUGAAAAUGGAGCUACUCUGUACCUGUGCUCACACUUACUUGCUGCUGUUGCAUCCUGCCAGUGUGGCAGGGAGAAGCUGAGUGUGGUGAUGGGGCUUUUUCCUGCUGUCCACAGGCAUUUGAAGAGAAAAAGGGCCAGGACCAUGUGUUGUGCUGGACUCUGACUUUUCUCUCUCCCUCUUCCCUUUCUGGCUGCUGCUCUCAUCACUGUUUUUAGCUGACUAAUAAAGUACUUUGUGUAGAAA